CCCCACGGUCCGCCGAGUGCGCGAGGCCUUAGGCCGGGAGUUGUUAUCAGGCCCGGGCCACUUCCGAGGCACCCGCGGUGUGUCGCCGCCACCACAAGAGGACGACGUCGACGCGGAGGAAGAGGCAGCGGAGGCGUGUUGUUGUCUCGCCCACUCCCCUCCCUUGAACUCGCACCCAUCGUCAGGGCUCAAUGGAGUGAAGCGGCGGCGAAGGUGGUACUUCCGCGUUGCGCUGCCCGCCCUGCCUGCCCGAGCUGCGAGCGCGGCCGAGACCGCUCCCCCACCCCGCGGGCACUUGGAGGACUCCGGACUCCCCCGCAGGUCAGCGCCUGGCGCAUCUGGUGUUUUUGCUGCCUCGGAUAGGACGGCGACCACGAUCUGGAGCUCUGUCGCCCGGAUUCCUGCUUUUCUCAGGCCCGGAGGCCGCUGCGUACCCCACUGUGACCUGGAACGCAGGGACCCGAGUCCCGACCCGGAUUAUCGUGGCGCGUCUGCUGGCUGACCCUGGUGCUCGGUGUUCCUCCGCCGCCGCGGUUCCCGUUCCGGCGGGGGAGAUGGCGAGGAUCUGACCCGGGAGGAGGCCGCACCCGCGCCGCGCUCUGCGGCGGGCUCUAGGCAAUGCCGAGCAGCUCGGACACGGCGCUGGGGGGAGGCGGGGGCCUGAGCUGGGCGGAGAAGAAGUUGGAGGAACGCCGCAAGCGGAGACGAUUCCUGUCCCCUCAGCAGCCGCCGCUGCUGUUGCCGCUCCUGCAGCCGCAGCUCCUGCAACCGCCGCCGCCCCCGCCGCCUCUGCUCUUCCUGGCUGCUCCCGGCACGGCCGCCGCCGCAGCCGCCGCCGCCGCGGCCUCCUCCUCUUGCUUCAGCCCGGGCCCCCCUCUGGAGGUCAAGCGGCUGGCGAGAGGCAAGAGGCGCCCAGGAGGGCGGCAGAAGCGGCGCCGCGGGCCCCGCGCCGGGCAGGAGGCGGAGAAGCGUCGGGUCUUCUCGCUGCCCCAGCCGCAGCAGGACGGCGGUGGCGGUGCUAGUAGCGGCGGGGGUGUGACCCCGCUGGUGGAAUAUGAGGAUGUGAGCUCCCAGUCCGAGCAGGGGCUGCUGCUGGGGGGGGCCAGCGCGGCAACGGCAGCGACGGCUGCCGGGGGAACGGGGGGCAGCGGCGGGAGUCUGGCCGCCUCCUCCGGCACCCAGCGGCGCGGGGAGGGGUCGGAGCGCAGGCCCCGCCGAGACCGCCGCAGCGGCAGCGGCCGCAGCAAGGAGCGCCACCGCGAGCACCGGCGGCGGGAUGGGCAGCGCGGAGGCAGUGAGGCCUCCAAGUCCCGUAGCCGCCACAGCGGCGAGGAACGCGCCGAGGCAGCCAAGAGCGGCAGCAGCAGCAGCAGCGGCGGCCGCCGGAAAAGCGCCUCGGCCACGUCCAGCAGCAGCAGUAGCCGCAAGGACCGAGACUUGAAGGCCCACCGAAGCCGGACUAAGUCGUCCAAGGAGCCGCCUUCGGCGUACAAGGAGCCGCCCAAGGCCUACCGGGAAGACAAGACCGAGCCCAAGGCCUACAGGCGGCGGCAGCGGUCCCUGAGCCCGCUGGGAGGCCGGGACGACAGCCCAGUGUCCCACAGGGCCUCGCAGAGCCUGAGGAGCCGCAAGUCCCCCAGCCCGGCAGGAGGUGGCAGCAGCCCGUAUUCUCGGCGGCUGCCGCGCUCUCCUAGCCCAUACAGCCGCCGCCGCUCCCCUAGUUACAGCCGCCACAGCUCCUACGAGCGGGACGGCGAUGUGUCCCCCAGCCCCUACAGCAGUAGCAGCUGGCGCCGCUCCCGGAGCCCCUACAGCCCUGUGAUCAGACGGUCUGCCAAAUCCCGAAGCAGAAGUCCAUAUUCUUCUAGGCAUUCAAGAUCUCGUAGCAGGCACAGACUGUCUAGAUCCAGAAGUCGUCAUUCUAGCAUUUCUCCUAGUACACUAACUCUGAAGAGUAGCCUGGCAGCUGAAUUGAACAAGAAUAAAAAAGCACGAGCUGCAGAGGCUGCAAGAGCUGCAGAAGCAGCGAAAGCUGCAGAAGCAGCCAAGGCAGCUGAGGCUGCUGCUAAAGCUGCAAAAGCCUCAAACACUUCUACACCUACCAAGGGGAACACAGAAACUGGUGUCAGUGCAUCGCAGACAAACCAUGUGAAGGACGUGAAGAAACUGAAAACUGAGCAUGCACCUUCUCCCUCGAGUGGUGGAACUUUAAAAAACGACAAGGCAAAAACAAAGCCACCUCUUCAGGUAACAAAGGUGGACAAUAAUUUGAUCGUAGAUAAAGCUACCAAGAAAGCGGUUGUAGCUGGGAAGGAGAGUAAACCUGCUGCUGCAAAGGAGGAACCAGUAUCUCUCCAAGAGAAAACCAGAUCACUUACACCAAGCGUAGGAGGCAAGGAGAAGGAGCAGCAUGUGACAAUAGUGACCUCUACAUUACCACCAUUACCUUUGCCUCCCAUGCUGCCUGAAGAUAAAGAUGCCGAUAGCCUACGAGGAAAUAUUUCAGUAAAAGCAGUUAAAAAAGAGGUAGAAAAGAAACUACGAUGUCUGCUUGCUGAUUUACCACUGCCCCCUGAGCUACCAGGAGGAGAGGAUCUGUCCAAGAGUCCAGAGGAGAAGAAAGCAGCAACACAGUCACAUAGUAAAAGGAGGCCUAAAAUAUGUGGGCCUCGCUAUGGUGAAAUCAAAGAAAAAGACAUUGACUGGGGAAAACGCUGCGUGGAUAAAUUUGAUAUCAUCGGAAUUAUUGGAGAAGGUACCUAUGGACAAGUUUACAAGGCCAGGGAUAAAGACACUGGAGAAAUGGUAGCCUUAAAAAAGGUACGUCUAGAUAAUGAAAAGGAAGGCUUUCCGAUUACAGCAAUUCGAGAAAUUAAAAUUCUUCGGCAGCUUACCCACCAGAGUAUUAUCAAUAUGAAGGAAAUAGUGACAGAUAAAGAAGAUGCUUUGGAUUUUAAGAAGGACAAAGGUGCAUUUUAUCUGGUGUUUGAAUAUAUGGACCAUGAUCUGAUGGGACUACUGGAAUCAGGCUUAGUUCAUUUUAAUGAAAAUCACAUAAAGUCAUUUAUGAGACAGCUAAUGGAAGGUCUGGAUUAUUGUCAUAAGAAGAACUUUUUGCAUAGAGAUAUUAAGUGUUCAAAUAUUCUUCUAAACAAUAGAGGGCAGAUAAAACUUGCAGAUUUUGGACUUGCUCGGUUAUAUAGCUCAGAAGAAAGUCGGCCGUAUACUAACAAGGUCAUCACUUUAUGGUACCGUCCACCUGAACUACUGUUGGGAGAAGAACGCUAUACACCAGCUAUUGAUGUCUGGAGCUGUGGAUGCAUCCUUGGUGAACUCUUCACUAAAAAACCUAUAUUUCAAGCAAAUCAGGAACUUGCACAACUAGAAUUAAUAAGCCGUAUAUGUGGGAGUCCAUGUCCUGCAGUGUGGCCUGAUGUAAUCAAACUACCGUAUUUCAACACCAUGAAACCAAAGAAGCAGUAUCGUCGAAAGUUAAGAGAAGAAUUUGUUUUUAUUCCUGCAGCUGCACUAGAUUUAUUUGAUUACAUGCUCGCCUUGGAUCCUAGUAAGCGCUGCACCGCCGAACAAGCUCUUCAGUGUGAUUUCCUACGUGAUGUGGAACCCUCAAAAAUGCCUCCACCAGAGAGGUUUUUACACGCUGAGGCAAUGCACCAUAGUAAGAUGGCUGAGAGUCUUCCUUUAUGGCAGGAUUGCCAUGAGUUAUGGAGUAAGAAGCGAAGAAGACAGAAGCAGAUGGGCAUGACUGAUGAUGUUUCCACAAUUAAAGCUCCCAGAAAGGACUUGUCUCUGGGGUUGGAUGACAGUAGGACAAGCACACCCCAGGGUGUGCCACCGUCUUCACAGCUGAAAUCUCAGGGCAACUCGAGUGUGGCACCUGGUGAAAAACAGACAGAUCCAUCAACACCUCAGCAGGAGUCUUCGAAACCACUGGGAGGAAUUCAGGUGCCUUCUCAGACCGUCCAGCCUAAAGUGGAGACUGAUGCUGCCCAGGCGGCUGUGCAGAGCGCGUUUGCGGUUUUGUUGACUCAGUUAAUAAAGGCUCAGCAAUCCAAGCAGAAAGACCUGCUACUGGAAGAACGAGAAAAUGGGUCGGGACAUGAAGCAUCAUUACAACUCAGGCCGCCUCCAGAACCUAGCACUCCAGUAUCGGGGCAAGAUGAUCUCAUUCAGCACCAAGAUGUGAGGAUGUUGGAGCUAACACCAGAACCGGACCGGCCUCGGAUUCUGCCUCCUGAUCAACGACCUCCUGAACCCCCUGAACCACCACCAGUCACUGACGAAGAUCUGGAUUAUCGGACAGAAAACCAGCAUGCACCCACUGCUAGUUCUUCGUUAACUGACCCUCAUGCCGGAGUGAAAGCAGCCCUGUUACAGCUACUUGCUCAGCAUCAGCCCCAGGAUGAGCCCAAAAGAGAAGGAGGUAUUGAUUAUCAAGCAGGAGACACUUAUGUACCUACUGCAGACUACAAAGACAAUUUUGGAUCUUCUUCUUUCUCUUCUGCUCCUUAUGUUAGUAAUGAUGGUCUAGGAGGUAGUUCUGCUCCACCAUUGGAACGACGUAGCUUCAUUGGAAACUCAGAUAUUCAGUCUUUGGAUAACUACAGUACUGCUUCAUCUCAUUCUGCUGGCCCACCUCAGCCUGCUGCCUUUUCAGAGUCAUUUGCCAGCUCAGUAGCUGGAUAUGGAGACAUUUACCUCAAUUCUGGUCCCAUGUUGUUUAGUGGAGACAAGGACCAUAGAUUUGAAUAUAGCCAUGGCCCUAUUGCAGUCCUGGCAAACAGCAGUGACCCUUCCACGGGGCCAGAGAGUACUCAUCCUUUGCCAGCAAAGAUGCACAACUAUAACUAUGGCGGUAACUUACAGGAAAACCCUGGUGGUCCCAGCCUCAUGCAUGGACAGACCUGGACUUCUCCUGCCCAAGGACCCGGAUAUUCGCAAGGAUACAGGGGACACAUUAGCACAUCAACUGGCAGAGGUCGAGGCAGAGGGUUACCAUACUGAAUAUCUGUUUUUCCUCAGGCACAUCAUUUUUAUCUGGAAAGACUUUUCUAGCUGCAGUUUAAGCAGCACCCAAAAGACUUGAAUAAUAUUAAUUCAACAACAGCUUUAUUUUUAUGUGGAAAGGGUCUUGCAUACAAUAGUAAAAAAAGAGAAAAGAAAAAAAACCUUUGCUUAAAUUCAUGCUGUUCUAAAAACUAGAUCUAUUGAUUGUACAUCGUCACAAAUUCUAGUUAACAAUUUUAUUUUGUAUUCUCGCAGUUUUAAGUGGAUGCUAAUCUUAGGGACAUAAGCCUUUUAUGACCCUCUUGCAGAUCUUCUGAACUAUGCACAUUUGUGCUUUUUUUGUAAGUUUGGACCAACUUUUAUGUAACAAGCAGACACCGCCCCCCCUCCAGUUUUACAACAAUCAGAAAGGGCACUGAUUUAUUUGGUAUUUUUCUUUUUACAAAGCUACCUUUAGUCAAAGGUCACUGUCAGUCUUUGCACCUGCUUUCAGUGUUAUUGUGAAAGGUGUACUUUGUGCUCAUUUCAGAAAAUAAAACACAAACCUUUCUCUUGAUGCAACAGUUUUAUAAAAAAAAAAAUGGUCAACGUUAUUUUUGUUUUGUUUUGCAGAUUAUCAGAGCCUAGCAAAAUGCAUUCAAAUGAAAUAGUGGGUUUUAUAUGGAAAAUAUGGGUGGGAUGGGGAGGGUAAGUAAGUGCCUUAAAAGGUGAACUUAAGGUCUGAAAAAGUAGUUAACCUUUACACCCGUUUGUCUUUUAAAGGGAAUCAAUGCAUUAUAUCGAAGAGGCAGGAAGCCCUCAAGUUUUUAGGGCUGCCUGUGCCUGUUCAGUUCUUGGUAGGUCCAUUCCCUCUGCCUGUCACACCUUCUUUUCUCCCGUCUUUGGGCUUUGUGACCUUUCACUACCACCUUCUCUUGAUAGGGGAGUGAGAGCAAGGAAACGGAGUAGAACUCCAACCAGUACCUUUUGUUACGUCUGAAAAGUUUGUCAUUUAAAUUGUUGAAAGUAAUUGGUAAAGGAGAAUUUUAGAGUACCAUUUUCAUUCAGGCUGCCAUAUUGUCCCCUGCUUGCAUUUGCCAUGAAUAAUUGGAGGGCAGUGGUAUGGAAGCAAGGGUUAAUAAUAGAAUUUGCAUAAUUCUAUUAAAGUUCAUGGAGGGAGGGGUGGCAAACACCAAGUUUUAAGUUCUGUAAUUGCCAUGUUAAGAAAAAGUUGACUCUGCUCACUUAGUUGUUAAUUAGAAACAUUGCCUAGAUAGAAUUCAUUGAAGCAAAGGAAAAAAUAGUGAGAGAACCUCUUAUCUCCCUUCCUCUCACCUUCUGUAAGGUUUAUUAUGACUUACGCCAGACUUUUAGAGCAAUUUUAGUUCAUUUAAAAUGUUUUUCUUUUAUUACAAGCAGCAAAGAAUGAUGAUUUAACCCUUAUUUAAACUGUAAUAGUUUCAAGUCUAACUAUCUUUGUGUGCACAUACAUACACACAAAUUAGAACAAUUAUGGAAAGGAACCAAAGGCAAAUAACCAGUGUUUCCUUUAUCACUAAAUGUAAAAAUAGACUGUAGAAAUUAGGUUUGUGCCAAUUAACCAUUUUGUUUUAACUAUUCUCCUUGUAACUUAUUUUUUCACUGGAGUCUUAAAUUGGAACAACUAUUAUAAAUGGAAAUUGCUCCAGUUCUAAAGUCAGUCUUUUAACCCUGUGCCCUCUGACUUGUGAACCUUCAUUUCAGAACAGUUUAUGGGAAGCAUUAUAGUUUGGUGACAGCAAGAAUAUUUUAAAGUGGAUAAUUUACCAUUUUACUACUAUAAAAUGAAUUGAUGUCAGUUGACUUAUUUUUUGAUGGAAUUUUUUGUUGGGGAGAAGGAAAUGAAUGGAAGAAAAAAUUGUUUUUGUUUGAAUAUUGGGUACUAACAACUUAUAAUUAAUUACUACAUUGAGGAAGUGAAGAAAAAUAUUUUGAAAUUUAGCAAAAAUAGCUACAGUAUUCAAGUAUCUGAAAUUUUAAUAUGGUGAGUCUUAGAGCUUUAGACUUUCCAAUAAGUGACAGUAUCUAAGUUAUUCUUAAUAGUCACACUAGAUAUUUCUGCUGACUAUAAGCAGCUAACCUAAAAAUAAAGAUAUUUAUGUGACAUGAAUAGCCUGUGUUUUAAAGAAUUAAAUAUUUUAUAUAAAAUUGAACUGUGUUUGGAUAGUUUUUCUAAUUAAACCUUUCAGUUAUAUAUUUAUGGUGGGAGAGUGGCUGGGAGGACAGGGAAAUUAUUACUUGAAAUUGAAAAUUGGAACGAUAGCUUCUAACAUUAUCCUAAGACAGCAUUGAUUGUAAGGCAUACCAGUAUUUUAUGUAUAACUUAGGAAAAAUGUUGCCAAUUAUAACACAAUGCUAAGAUGCUAUCAACUGUAGGAUAUAUCCCACUUUCAGAGAUACUAUUUUAUGAAAGAAUUGUAUCUUAUAAUUGAUGAAAUACAAUAGUAAAAUUUCAGUGUACCCUUCCAUAGCAUUUAAUACAUUAGUUCAGUGAAUUUGGAUUAAAAAAAAGAGCAGGGUUGAGAAAUCACGAAUUCUGUAGGUUAUAACAACUUCAGUAAUUACUGAAUAUUCUUGCGUGAAAUCUAAGGAACAUAAAAUACUUGCUAAAUUUUGGGGAAAGAAACAGGUAAGUCAGAUUGCAAAUAAGAACAUGAACUAGAAAAGACUUGACCUACCAAGAGAAGAAAAUAUUUAUCUUCUCCCAUGUCACAUUUCAUUUUGAAGAGUGUCUUUUUUUGACACAGCAGGUUUUUCUUCAUGCAAGUCAGUAUGUUUCCCAAGUCUUCAAUUAUUUGUUGGAAAGUUGUGAUGAUUCAUGAAAUUUUAAAAGACUCAGUUUAAGGGGCUUAUUGAUUAAAAUAGGUUGUGGAAUAUGAAUUAAGGUAACACUUAUCUGUGGAUCAGAGCUUCAUUCGGUUAAUAUCUGUUCAGUACCUACUGUGUGCCAAGUACUAGUCUAGUACUUUGCGAUAUGUCACUAAGCAUGAAAGGUGUUAAAUCAUACUUCUAGCUGACAGUAAGCACAAAGAUUUAAAAAGUGUUUGGAGAAGCUAGUGGUAUUUACUACUCUUAGCUGUCUUUUAAGUUACACUCGAGUGUAAGAAAUGAAAAUUUGAGUGUAACAUUUUAAAGUGAAAUUUGAAUAGAAAAUAAGGUUCUGGAAAAAAGUAGAGCAACUGGAAACUCAACAAUAAAAACAAAUUUUAAGCUGCAUGUGGCCAAUUUGCAAUAGGCCAAAAUUUGUAGAAAAUUUCAAGAUUUCUUGAAAACACGAAGAGCGGGUUAAAUGCUUCCAAACUAGUAUGGACUUUGAGUUAAGGUUUUGCUGUAUUUACUAUGAACUUAAUAGAAUUUUGGAUGAUUUUUUACCCUAGGAUUUUUUUUUUUUUUUAAUAAGUAAAGCUGAAGUACAAGUUUUGAAUAAAGAUCUACUAAAUCCCUGUUCCUUGGUUUUGAAAGGCUGAACAGAAUGUCCCAGUAAUCUAAAAUCCUCUGAUCAAUCUCCUCGCCUUACAGCUAAUGAGGUUUACAGAGAUCGAUUGCCAGAAACCUUUCUUUCUUAAAUCCCAGACCAGUGCUUGUUCUGCUAAGCCGUCUCUAAAUUUCAUACUAAAAACGUUUUAAGGAAAAUUGCCUGUUAAAACACCUGACCAGUGUUACAAUAAAAGAAAUAAUUAAAUUUAGAAUACUGGAUUGAUACUUUAACACAGAUGGCUUGGAAAGUCAACUUAAGAAAAAAUGAUUUUCUUGUAAUUCAGGAAAAAUAGGAAAAUAAACUAAAAAUUUUAGAAAACUUACGAAGGAACCUAUAGAGACUUUGUUUCAUGUGUGGAUAGUCUUUACAAAGGAGGGUCCUGUGUUUUUUUUUUUUUAAAGACAGUAGUUAUUUAAGUAUCAGAUUAAAUUGUUAAAAUGUAUCUCUUUGCAGGAGGAGGAUUGGGUAUUAGCAGGCAUGCAAACAUGCUUUUAAAUUCUUUUAAGGUUUAAUUAAGGAAGCAAUGGUUUGUCAUUUACCAAAGGCCUCUUCAGAUAAUUUUUUUAAUUGUUUCUAGUUUUCUUAAAAAUAAAAGCUUUUAAAUAACAAAUUAAUAGCUUAUGUCAUGGAAUCCAGUUGAAGGAGAAAAAAGAAAAUUUUGAUCUUAAUGAGAAAAAAACCUGGCCAGUGCAUUAUGUAAAUUGGCAAAUGUUGUGGGUUUGCUCCUUUUACCAUAUCAAAUGUCCCGUUAAAAAAGAAUUUCCUAGUUCUAAUAGCAUUCAUAAUGAGGCUUUGUAGUGAAUAGAGAAUCACGCUUUAAAUUUUUUCACAUUUACAUUAAUUUGUAAAAGGUGUGAGUACUUUUUUUGCAAGAACUUGUAGUAAAGUCUUGUUACUGUUAAAUCUAAUGUGUUAAUAUAAGCCUUUUUUUUUUUUUUUUUAAGGCUGUAUUUGAUAGUCUGUAAAUAAACUGCCAUAAGAUUACCAGGCCAUUUUUAUCCUUAUUUUCUUUUUGCUUAUAGCCAGAACAGACUCUUAAAAAAUAAUUUUAUCUGAUAAAGACGACCACUUGAAAUUCACUGUGUCAUGUUUUACUGACAGAGCUCAAAACCUGCAACCCUUUCCCCCAACCUUUUUCUAUAUUUGUACAUAUUCAAAAACGUAGCAGCACAGAGAAAAACAUCUAGAGAUAACCACCAUUAAUAUUUUGUCUUUGAUGGAUGUAUAUGAAUGCAUAUCUAAAUUUAUUCUUGAAACAAUGGAGUAGACACCCUCUCCUCACUUAUCAAAAUGGUUAGGUUCCAAAGACCAGGUCGAUAUUCAAAAUCGGCAUUAUGUGAAAAUGGAGAAUGACUACAUCAUUACAUAAUUGUCAAAUUACAUGAUUACAUAACUGCCAAACCACUGAGAAUCAUGGCCUAGGCAAGUAGACACAUAACAACCAUCGCAGCCUGUGUUAACUCUUGCCUAGCACCUUGGCAUUUGUUAACUGCCAGAUGUAUGUUGUUAACAUGCAAAAUAGUUGGAUGGUAGAUUUUUUACUAUUGUAAAUAUGAAAUGUAUAAUGAGAUAGUCGGUAAGUGAGGAGAAGGUGUACUGCCCAUUAGCUUUGUAACUUCAUUUAACAGUAUGUUGUGAACAUCUGUCAAUCAAUUCUACCCUUUUUAAUAGUUAUAAAUUAUUCCUUUAUAGAAGAACCAUAAUUUAACAAUUCUUUAGUGUUGGAAUAAAAUAUUUCUAUUCUGUUAUAAAUAAAAUGUAAAUAAAGUCUACAUAAAUACAUACAUAUAAACAUAAUUUCCUUGGAAUUGCUGGGUUAAAGAGUGGGUGUUUAAAAUGUUCAGUAUAUCCAAAUUACCCUCUGGGAAGGAUUUACCAGUUUUAAUUUAGCUGUGUUGGAUAUUCAAAAAGUUAAUCUUUGACAGUUUAACAGGUGAUAAAUCAUCUUGUUUUAAUUUGUAUUUCUUUACGUUAAAUUCAACAUUUUUUCAUGUUAGCCAUGUGUCUUUCGUUUAUUAACUGUUCAUAUGUUUACUUAUGAAGUGUUUAUCUCUUGCUUUGAAGAACUGUCUACAUGAGAAAGUUAGCCCUUUGUGAGCUGUAUGUAUUAAAAAUAUUGUCUGGUGUAUUUUGACAUAGGAACAUGUAGAAUUUUUUAUGUUGUCAAUUAACCUUUUCUUUAUGGUUUCUUCUUAGAAAAGCUUUCUCUA